AUGACUCCAACUGGAGCUUUCGCAUUCUAUGCUGGGCUCAACCUCGUCGCCUGGUUCAUGAUCUUCUCUUUCGUCCGCGAGACCAAGCAGCUCACCCUGGAAGAGUUGGACCAGGUCUUCUCGGUCCCGACGAAAGGUUUCAUCACCUAUGAGUUGACCGUGUCGCUUCCAUACUUCAUCAAACGACACAUCUUCCGGCAGAGGAUCGCUAAGCCGCCGCCAAUCAUCGAGAGGGCGGAGAAGGCAGAGACUUUUCUGGAGGCGUAA